AUUAAUUAACAACAUACAAGAAUCACAAUUACUGAAAUAUGUCCUCCAACUCAGCUAUCUUACAUUUAAGAGCCGAAACCAAGCCGUUAGAGAAAAGAGCUGCUUUAACCCCAACCACCACCAAGCAAUUAAUUGAUGCUGGAUUCAAAAUUUAUGUUGAAGAAAGUUCUCAAUCCACUUUCAAAUCAGAAGAAUACGAAAAGGUAGGAGCUACCAUUGUUCCAGAAGGAUCAUGGAAGUCAGCACCAAAGGAAAGAAUUAUUAUUGGAUUAAAGGAAUUACCCGAAAAUGAAACAUUCCCAUUAAUUCACGAACAUAUCCAAUUUGCUCAUUGUUACAAGAAUCAAGGUGGAUGGCAAGAUGUUUUAAGAAGAUUCCCAGAAGGUCAUGGAACAUUAUAUGAUAUUGAAUUUUUAGAAAACGAUCAAGGUAGAAGAGUUGCAGCUUUUGGUUACUAUGCUGGAUUUGCUGGUGCAGCUAUAGGUGUUAUAGAUUGGGCUUUCAAGCAGACUCACCCUGAUUCAGAAGAUUUACCAGGUGUAACUGCAUAUCCCAGUGAAGCUAAAUUAGUUGCAGAUGUUAAGAAAGAUUUAGCUUUAGCAUUAGCACAGAAUGGAGGUAAGUAUCCAACUGCUUUAGUUAUCGGUGCUCUUGGUAGAUGUGGUAGUGGAGCAGUCGAUUUAUUCGAGAAAGUUGGAAUUCCAGAAGAGAAUGUUCUCAAGUGGGAUUUAAAGGAAACCGCACCAGGUGGACCAUUCAAGGAAAUUAUUGAAAAUGAUAUCUUUGUCAACUGUAUUUACUUAUCUCAGCCAAUUCCACCAUUUGUCAACUACGAGACCUUAAAUGUUCCAGACAGAAAGUUGAGAACCAUCGUAGAUGUUUCCGCCGAUAUUACCAAUGUCCACAACCCUGUUCCUGUUUAUACUAUUGCUACUGUUUUUAAUGAUCCAACUGUUCCUGUUGAGACUAGUGCUGGUCCAAAGUUAUCAGUAUGUUCAAUUGAUCAAUUUCCUUCUUUCUUACCAAGAGAGGCUUCUGAAUUCUUUUCAAGAAACCUAGUACCAUCUUUAUUAGAAUUACCCCAAAGAGACAGUGCUCCAGUUUGGGUCAGAGCUAAGCAAUUAUUUGAAAAGCAGGUUGCUAGAUUAAACUAGAUAUGAAUUUUUAUUACCUCCUACUCUUUUUUUCUCUUGAAAAUAUAGAUUUAAUAUUUCUUUAAUACAAGCUAUGCAGCUAUCGUACUUCGCUUAAUUUCUAUACUAUAGUAAUAUAGAUAUCACUAUACAUGUAACACAUGGAAAGGGAG